AACCUGAAGAACCUGAGAAUGUAAGCGAUGAUUUUGUCCUCAUUGAAGACUUGGACGAAGAAAAAAUAGUAGACUCAAAUGUAUGGGUGGAAAUAUCAGCAGAUAAGACUGAGGAAGUGAUGGAUACAGAAGAUGAGGAUGAAGAAAUUUUAUCAGUUAAUGCUGCUAUUCAUCCAGCAGUCGACUCUAAUGCUAAAUGGGAUUUGAUUACACUUUUUAAUGAAUUAGAAUUGCC